AUGGCGAGCGGGCAUCCCACAGACAAAUUCAGUUUCAUGUAUCAACCAGACACGCACAAGAGCAAAAACAGGUUGUCUUCAGCCAUGAAUCCAGUCUACAGCCCUGUUCAGCCUGGAACCCCCUAUGGAAACCCCAAGAACAUGGCUUUUGCGGGCUAUCCAGGAGGGUAUCCCACCACGGCACCCACUUAUACGCCAAACCUAUAUCAAACAGGAAGCCCUGGGUAUCCACCUGGAUAUACUGCAGCUGGCACCCCAUACAAAGUUCCACCUACUCAGUCAAAUGGAGCACCCCCUCCUUAUACCCCAACCCCGACACCAUACCCGACAGCCAUGUACCCUAUCCGCAGUGCCUACACACAGCAGAACUUGUACGCACAGGGUGCAUAUUAUACCCAACCGGUGUAUGCAGCGCAGCCACAUGUGAUCCAUCAUACCACGGUGGUGCAACCAAACAGCAUCCCUUCUACGGCCCUCUACCCAGCCCCUGUUCCUGUACCUAGUCCUCGUAAUAACGGCAUGGCCGCCAUGGGGAUGGUAGCCGGGACAACCAUGGCCAUGAGUGCAGGGACACUGCUGACGACACCCCAGCACGCACCUAUCGGAGCACACCCCGUUACUGUGCCCACUUACAGGCCCCAGGGCACACCCGGGUACAGCUACGUGCCACCUCACUGGUAG